AUCAUCUUCCAGCAUCUCCGACAUUCAAUACCACUGAUACAAGUCAGCCUCUGGACUUGUUUUCCGUAAAUAUGGUUUGAUAAUCGAUUGAUGCUUGAUUCAAUCCGGCCGCGGACCAAUUCUCUGCACAAAUCGCCACCUUAUUUCACCUCCACCCUUUAUCGGUAGAUACCUCUUCUCAGAAAUAGUUCGCCUUUCUCGUCUCCGCUGGGAAAUGCCCCAAAAGGUGGUGAUUGUGGGAGCAGGUCCCGUGGGAUCACUCGCCGCACUGUAUGCAGCAGCACGGGGAGAUGUGGUUGAGAUAUAUGAACUUAGACCUGACCUUCGAGAUCCCGAUACUGUCCCUCUGAACUUCUCCAAGUCCAUCAACUUGGCUUUAUCGGAGAGAGGCAUCAACUCCUUGCGGAGAUCCGGAAUCACCCAAAUUGCGGAUUCUGUGCUUGGGCAGACAUUUCCUAUGCAUGGUCGAAUGAUCCACCUGCGCAAACAAGGGAAAUAUGUUCGAGAGCCGCAGCUGUACGAUGCCCGAGGCAAAAAUCUCCUGGCUAUGGACCGGACAGGCCUCAACAAGACCCUUCUAGACUACCUAGAGGCCAUGCCCAACGUCAGAUUCUUUUUCAACCACAAGCUUGUGGGUGUUGAUUUUAGGAAGAACCUAGCUUGGUUUGAGCGCCAUGAGAAUCCAGAUCUUGCGGGAGGGACCGAAAUCGAGUUGAGUUUCGACUUCAUGAUUGGCGCUGAUGGCGCUCACUCAGCAGUCCGAUACCACUUGAUGAAGUUUGUGCCCAUGGCAUAUCAACAGGAGUACAUCGACAAGCUCUGGUGUCAAUUUCACUUUCCGCCAACUGAGAGGGGUGAUUUUAGGUUGCCACCAAAUUAUCUUCACAUCUGGCCUCAGGAUGAAUCGAUGUUCAUUGCCCUCCCAAAUCUCGACCAAACCUUUACUGCAACACUUUUCUUGACUCGAUCGGGCUUUGAGCAACUCGAUGCUUCGGGAAAGGUGGUUGAAUACUUCAACUCCAAGUUCCCGGGAGUAGUGCCAGACCUCAUCACAGAAGAUGAACUACGCAAGCAGUACAGUACAAAUCAACACUUGCCGCUCAUCUCCAUCAAAUGCAGUCCAUACCACUUCGGCACUUCGGGGGUAAUAGUCGGGGAUGCCGCACACGCGAUGGUACCAUUCUAUGGACAAGGGAUGAACGCCGGCCUUGAAGACGUCCGAGUCUUAUUCGAAUUUUUAGACAAAUAUCCCAAUGAUCGAGCAAAGGCACUCCAAGAAUACACACAACAACGGGCCCCGGACGCCCAAACCAUCAAUGACCUCGCCCUCCGCAAUUACCGAGAAAUGGCUACGGAUGUCAAACGACCGAUGUACCUAUUCCGCAAGUGGAUUGAAGAAAGCCUAGAUCUGUACGUGCCGAGCACUGGAUGGGCAACCCAGUAUUCCCGGAUAACCUUCAGUAAUAUGCGAUACUCUGAAGUCCAGAAAGCGUCGCAAAGGCAAGCUAGAAUUCUUAACGGAGUUGUUGGAUUGGUGCUUGCCUCAGUCAUUGGCUCUAGCUUCUGGUUUGUACGGACAGGGGCAGCUUCUCGGAUGAAGAUGUCGAUACUACGUUCCAUUUGUUUCGUCGCGAGGCGAAUGACUGGGAAUCCCUAGGAACAGAAUACAGUACGUGGAGGUGGUCGAGGUCGGAUUCUCUUGCCUCAUUGUACAUGAAAUGCUACUAAGUUCAUAAAAGUCCAUUAUAGAGCCAAUGUACAUGGCGGGGAUGUAUUUCUUUUGAAUCAAAACCUUUACGUUCUCAAAAGAUUUCCUCCUCUGACGGGGGGAGCUACAUUCAAGAUAGCUAAUCUCAACGUUCAUUCAGUGAGCUCG